AUGGCCUAUAACGUUACAACAGAGUUGUUCGCAGAAUGGGCUAUAGGGAUGGUUAUCAUUGCAAUUCGCAUAUAUGCGCGGUGGAAACUUGGAAAGGGCAAGUUCUACUGGGAUGACCUUUGUCUAGGAUUUGCUACGAUAUUUUGGACAAUGCACACCGUCUUCCUUUACCUCUGUAAUGAUGUAUAUGGGUCGAAUAUUGGUCUUGACGAGAAAAUGGCGAUGGAGGUUCCCGACAGCCAAGUCGCAGCCCUACGAAUCGGAUCGAUCGACGCAUUUGUUGCCUGGAUCUCUUAUGUCUGCAUGGUGUGGUCAUUUAAAGGGGUGUUGAUGUUUCUCUAUAACAGAUUGACACUGGGUCUCUGGCAACACCGCUUGACUAUGAUAGUUGGAGUGUUUUGUGUCUGCACAUUCAUCGCGUCAUUAUUUUUCCACAUCUUUAUUUGCAAACCAGUACACAAGAGUUGGCAAAUCAAGCCAUAUGCUGGAGAUAACUGUACUAUACGCCCCUUGAACUAUAUCGUCAUCGAGACACUCAGCAUCACGACCGAUAUUGCGAUCCUAACCAUUCCCAUUCCCCUCGUCAUAGCAGCUCGCAUCCCACUCACCCAAAAACUCCUCCUCUGCCUCCUCUUCUCAUCCGGAAUCUUCGUCAUGAUUGCCGCCUUCCUCCGCGCCUACUACUCGGUCAAGGACAUCUCCGAGCUAUCAACCGCCCUAGGCUGGGCCUCCCGCGAAGCCCUUGUCUCUGUGAUAACAAUCUGCGCCCCGGGAAUUAAGCCGCUUAUUAGCAGCUCGCGCUGGUUCUCGUCAAAGAGCAGCUCGAUUACUACUAGUCAGACGCCGAAACGAAACAGUCUGUUCACUUCGUCGAGAAGUCAGGGUGGGGAUGUGUAUAAUAGACAUCCAUAUGAGCUGUCCUCGUUGGGUUGGGGGAAGUCGCGGCGAGAUUCGACGGGUGAGAGCCAGCAGCAUAUUGUUUUUGAUAGGAGAGGGAGUGGAGCUGACUCGGUAGAGAAUUACAAAGAAGGAAUUGUCGUCACUACUGAUGUUACUUUCUCUGAGGAACCAUGUUCUCGAAAUCAGGGGCAUCCUUGA